AUGGCAUCUACUUAUUAUGUAAAAGUGUAUUAUACACAACAACAACAACCAGAAAUUCGUCGAUUUGGUAUCGAUAUUUCACCAAAUAAUAAUACUCAUCAAGAGUUAUGUACUAAAAUUGCUACAUAUCAACCUGAUAUUCAAUUAAAUGGUUUCACUCUUCAAUAUGUUGAUGAAGAAAAUGAACGUAUUACAUUCAGUUCCGAUGAUGAAUUACGUUCAGCUAUAUCAUCAAAUAAAGAUUCAAAUACUCUUAAAAUUUUCGUUACUCCUCGCCAAUCAAUAAAUGAACGAGAAAAUGCAAAUAAUAAAGAAUGUCAUAUUGGCGUUGAAUGUGAUAAUUGCAAAGGUUCUGUUGUUGGUUCUCGUUAUAAAUGUGUUGUGUGUCCGAAUUAUGACUUGUGUGAAAAAUGUUCAGCAGCUAGUGUUCAUUCAGAACAUAAUAUGAUUAAAAUAACAAAACCAGGAAAUCUCUAUCAUCCGUAUGGCCCACAUAGUCAUAAUCGUCGUUUUCGUCAUAUGCUAUCACCACCAUUAAUACCAAAUCCUGAGUUUAUCGAGCAAAUUCAAACACAAAUUCCUCAAUGGUUACCCAAUCGAGAACACGCAACACAAUUUCGUACACAUAUGCAGCAUCAUAUUAAUAAUAUUAAAUCGAAUACACAAGCACACAUGCAAAAUUCGAAACAAUAUCUUGAAAAUGUGGGUCAAUAUUUACAACAAGCAUUAUCACCAUUUGGUAUUGAUUGUGAUUAUCGUGUCGAUGAAAAUGCAUCGUCAACAGCAAAUACUCAACCAGAAACAUCAAAAAAUGAAAAUGCACCUCCACCAGAAUCUAGCACUAUACCAAAACCUUCAACUGCAAAUAAUGAACAACAAAAAGGCAUUACAUCGUGGUUAACAAUGUUUCGUUCUACUGCCACAAAUCUACCAGCAACAUCGGAAAAUGAUUCAAAUAAUCUAUCAACAGCAUCAUCGACAUCAGAACAAGCAAUACAAGAUUGCGUUGAAAAAAUGAAAGCAAUGGGAUUCGAUGAUAAAAAUGAAGAUCUUAUUCAACUCAUACGAUCCAAAAAUGGCGAUCUCAUUUCAGUUCUAGAUGAAAUGGUUACAGUUUUACCGGAAACUUAA